CCCGAAAACCUGCACAGGUAGGUUUGGCAAGGUCGUUCAGCAAUCAACCCCAACCAGCUCACAGCGGUGCUGUUGAAAGUGAUCCAGAAUGGGCCAACGCUCAGCCGUACGAGAGUAUUCCUGGUCCGGGAUCGAUUCAGAUGCUGAGGAACUUUGCACCGGGUGGUCGUUACUACAACAAAACGAUGCCCGAUAUGAUACAAGCUCUUAGGGAUGACUACGGCGACCUUUACCGAAUGCCGGGAGUCUUUGGACGUCCCGAUAUGGUGGCUAGUUUUAGACCGGAUGACUAUCAAAAGGUUCUACGAACUGAAGGUCAGUGGCCGAUCCGGAGAGGUCUCGACAGCCUGGAAUACUACCGGAAGAAGGUGCGACCGGACGUGUUUAAAGGCAUGGGAUUGGUAACCGAACAAGGAGAAGAAUGGCAAAAAUUCCGCAGUAUAGUUAAUCCAGCAAUGCUGCAGCCAAAAACGGUUCAACUCUACGUGGACAAACUGGAUGAAGUAGCUCAAGAUUUCAUGAAAAUAAUUCCGAGUCUACGUGAUUCCAAAAAUGAAAUGUCUGCCGAUUUCAACGAAUGGAUCAAUCGAUGGGCUUUGGAGAUGAUGGGUGUUCUUGCGCUGGAUACAAGACUAGGCGUAUUGGAAGACGAUCAAUCUGCAGAGGCGAAAGAAAUGAUAACAUUGACUCGAGAAUUUUUCGAGCUCACAUAUCAGUUAGAUUUUCUACCAUCGGUUUGGAAGUACUACAAGACUCCAACGUUCAAAAGACUGAUUACUGUCCUAGAUGGAAUAACUGAUAUUAUCAAAGCAAAAGUUGACGCAGCGGUAGUACGUUUGGAAAGGAAACCAUCGAAAUCGAGCGAUACGAUGAGCGUAUUGGAGAAGCUGUUGAAGGUCAACAAAGACGUAGCCAUAAUCAUGGCCUUCGACAUGUUACAGGCCGGAGUUGACACGACUUCUACUGGAACUGUUGGAAUAUUCCACGCUCUAGCUACGAAUCCAGAGAAGCAGAAAAAGCUUCGCGAGGAAAUUCGAGCGAUACUUCCGGAUAAGAAUUCUCCACUUACACCGGAAAACAUGCGAAACCUUCCUUAUCUGCGAGCUUGCAUUAAGGAGGGAAUUCGUCUUCAAUCGCCAACUCUGGGGAAUGUACGUACAACUGGAAAAGAUCUUGUACUUCAAGGAUAUCGCAUCCCGAAAGAUACCGAUAUCGUGAUGCCUGCGAUGAACCUGUACAAAGAUGAGAGUCACUUCGGUCGAGCUCAGGAAUUCCUCCCGGAGCGUUGGCUUAGGGACUCGGAGUCGGAGUCGGAACAGAUGCCCAGUGCCAAAAGUGCUCAUCCCUUUUUGUUCCUGCCGUUUGGAUUUGGGCCGCGUACUUGUAUAGGACGCCGGCUGGCUCUGAUGGAGAUGGAAAUAUUCCUUGCACGUGUUACGCGUCAAUUCGAGUAUCGCUGGAAUCAUGGGCCUUUAAAGAUUCGAACAUCGCUUAUCAACGUGCCGGCUAGCGAGCUUCGCUUCGAAAUUACAGACCUGUAUCUGUUGAUCAGUUCAUCGACGGAACGCUUUGGGGACGGAACAGAAUCAAAGUUUGUUCUAUUAAAAUUUGUUAGUGAAAUGUUACGAAUAUUGAAAAGGUCCGGCGGCGGUUUUGGAGCGUCUUCGAUCCGAUUUUUCACAGCACAGGCUGCAACUUCUACCUUCACUGUCGAUCCGGAAUGGGCUAAUGCGUUACCGUUCGAGAAAAUCCCGGGGCCCCCGAAGGCAGCCCUUAUGGCCAGUAUGAUUUACGGGGGUUUCUUCACCCAGGACGGCACCCUGAUCGAUCAAAUGCAAACCAUUCGGAAAAGCUACGGUGAUCUGGUUAAGAUUCCGGGCGUUUUCGGACGACCCACCCGGAUCAUGUCCUUCAGUCCGGAUGAUUGCGAGCGGGUGUUCCGCACCGAGGGUCAAUGGCCGAUGCGCGCCUCGCUGGAAACAUUCACCUACUAUCGGAAAGAGCUACGCAGGGAUGUGUUCAAGGAUAUGGGCCUGGUCACGGAGCACGGUGAGGAUUGGCACAAAUUUCGAAAAAUUGUCAACCCAGUAUUGAUGCAACCCAAAACUGUUAGCCUGUAUGUCGAUAAGCUUGAUGAUGUGGCUAGGGAUUUGAUUGUAAUUAUGCAAUCGCUAAGAGACGAGAAGAAUGAGCUGCCCGGAAAUUUUAACCAGUGGAUAAAUCGCAUGGCAAUGGAGAUGAUGGGAGUUCUGGCUCUUGAUACCAGGUUGGGAGUUUUGUCUCCUGCUGGAGAAGCUGGAGAAGCUGAGAAACUAGUCGGAUUGGUGAGGGACUUAUUCCAAUUGUCAUUUGACUUGGAUAUUCAACCUUCUAUUUGGAAAUAUGUGAAAACGCCAAGCUUCCAUCGACUGAUGGCUGUAUUUGAUGAAAUCACCCAAAUAAUCAGUGCUAAAAUCGAUGAAUCCAUCAUUCGGUAUGAGAAAAACCCUUCGGUCCACAGUGACACCAUGAGUGUGCUGGAGAAGCUGCUGAAGAUCGAUCGACAAGUGGCCUUCGUGAUGGUAUUCGACAUGUUACAGGCCGGAAUCGAUACAACAUCGGCAGCCACGACAGGAAUCCUGUUUCCACUGGCCACUAAUCCGGACAAGCAGAAGAAACUUAGAGAUGAGCUGCGGACCAUCAUGCCCAGGAAAGAUUCUCCACUGACAACGGAAAGCAUGCGUAAUCUGCCCUAUCUGAGAGCUUGCAUCAAGGAAUCACUCCGACUGAUUCCUGCCAUCGUUGGAAACUCUCGGAACGUUGGACAAGAUCUGGUUCUGCAAGGGUAUCAAGUUCCUAAGGGUACUGAACUGCUGAUCUCAUCGGUGGUGCACAAUCUGGACGAUCGGCAUUUCGAACGGGCAAAGGAGUACAUUCCGGAGCGGUGGCUUCGUGGAAACGAAAGUCCGAGCGUUAAGGAUGUGCAUCCGUUUCAGUUUCUGCCGUUUGGUUUUGGGCCACGUGCCUGUGUCGGGCGUCGACUUGCGAUGAUGGAGAUGGAAAUAUUCAUUGCCCGAGUGACGCGCCAGUUCGAGUAUCGCUGGAAUCAUGGUCCACUGAGGAUUCGGAACUCUAUCGUUAAUACGGUGGAAAAUGAGCUGCGCUUUGAGAUGAAAGAUGUGGAAGAUUAACCUUACUGUUAAUAUUUGUCUACUCUUGUAAAGUACAAAUAAAAUAGAAUUA